AUGGACUUAUAUAAUUAUCUAUCUCCGUUUGUUCCCCUAUCUAUCUAUCUAUCUAUCUAUCUAUCUAUCUAUCUAUCUAUCUAUCUGUCUGUCUGUCCGCCUGUCUGUCUCUGUAUCUAUCUCAGUGGGCUCCUUAACUAUCUAUCAGUCUAUCUAUCUAUUUCGAUAUCUUCUUCCUCCUCCUCCUUCUUCUUCUUCUUCUUCUUCUUCUUCUUCUUCUUCUUCUUGGCUUUCCUCCUCUUCCUUCUUCUUCUUCUUCUUCUUCUUGGCUUUCCUCCUCUUCCUUCUUCUUCUUCUCCCCUUCCCCCCCUUCCUCCUCUUCUUUCCUCUUCUUCUUCUCCCCUUCCUUCUUCUUCUUCUUCUUCCCUUCCUCCUCUUCAUUCUUCUUCUUCUUCUUCUCCUUCUUCUUCUUCUUCUUCUUCCUUCCUCCUCUUCAUUCUUCUUCUUCUUCUUCUUCUUCUUCUUCUUCUUCUUCUUCUUCUUCUUCUUCUUCUUUCUGUUUUACGGUUUCAAAAUUUCUUUCUAUCUUUUUUUCUUCUUCAGCGAUUUAUUCCUUCUUUUCUUUUUCACUUUUUCUGCUUCUUUCUUUCUUUCUUUUUCUUUUCAGACGACUUAUUCCUCCUUUUCGCAGAUUCUUUUUUUCUUUCUUUCUUCAUUCUUUCCUCUUUUUUCAGAGACUUAUUCCUCCUUUUCUUUUUUACAAUUUAUUUCUUUCAACGACUUAUUCCAUUUUUCUUUUUUCACAUUCUUUCUUUCUUUCUUUCUUUCUUUCUUUCUUUCUUCAAGAAUAGAUUUCUUCUUGACUUUGUUUAUUUUUCUGCUUCUUUCUUUCUUUUUCUUUUCAGCGAAUUAUCCCUCCCUUUUUUCAAACAUUUUCUUUCUUUCUUUCUUUCUUUCUUUCUUUCUUUCUUUCUUUCUUUCUUCUUUCUUUCUUUCUUUCUUUCUUUCUUAGUAACUUGUUCCUCCUUUGACUAUUUUCGGCUUCAUACUUUUUCUUCUUCAGCGAUUUAUACCCCCUUUCUCUUUUCAAGUUUAUUUUUCUUUCUUUCAUUCUGUGUUUCUUUUUUCUUUGAAUAUUCCUGCUUCUUUCUUUCUUCUUCUUUCUUUUUCUUCAGCGACUUAUUUCUCUUUUGCUUCUUGCUUUCUUUCUUUUUCUUCUUCAGCGAUUUAUUCCUCCUUUUCUUUUCAGGUUCUCUUUUCUUUCUUUCUUUCUUUCUUUCUUUCUUUCUUUCUUUCUUCUUCUUCAGCGACUUAUUAUUCCUGUUCUUUUUUUCACUUCUUCUUUAUUUCAUUGUUUCUUUCUUCCUUCUUUCAUUUUCCUUGACUGAUCAAAUCCUUUCCCAAGUGAUUCACAUGGAUCGAAGCUGUGGAUCGUACCACAACACUAUCUAUCUAUCUAUCUAUCUAUCUAUCUAUCUAUCUAUCUAUCUAUCUAUCUAUCUAUCUGUACUAAUCUAUCUAUCUAUCUAUCUAUCUAUCUAUCUAUCUAUCUAUCUUUACGUUUCUAUCUAUCUUUCUAAGUCUCGUCAUAUCUUUGUAUCUAUCUUUCUAUCUAUCACUUUUAGCAUUUCUAUAUCUAUCUAUCUAUCUAUCUAUCUAUCUAUCUAUCUAUCUAUCGCUUUUAAUGUUUGUAUCCAUCUAUGUCUUUUCAUAUCUAUCUAUCUAUCUCUCUCUCUCUACAUAUAUAUCUUUAAAUUUUAG